UGAAGCCGGCAGACAGAAAUAAACCACAGAGGAAGAGACCAGGACCUACAGAGAACACGGACCUACAGAGACAGCAAAGGACCAGAAUACUAAGAUGGACAUCCAGACGGGUCAGGUGGUGCGCCCUGUCGGCGCCAUGGAGAGUCUGGAGGCGCAGCUCAGCUGCCCGAUCUGCCUCGAGAUGUUCACCAAGCCGGUGGUGAUCCUGCCCUGCCAGCACAACCUGUGCCGCGGCUGCGCCAAUGACCUCUACGAGUCCAAGAACCCCUACCACUACUCCGGGGGGACCUUCCGCUGCCCCACCUGCCGCUUCGAGGUGGUCCUGGACCGGCACGGGGUCUACGGGCUGCAGAGGAACCUGCUGGUGGAGAACAUCAUUGACAUCUACAAGCAGCAGCAGGAGAGCCGGGGGGGCGACCCCGAGGACCCCCCCCUGAAGGACAAAGACGCCAAAGAGCUGAAGUGUAAGGAGCACGAGGACGAACACAUCAACAUCUACUGCGUCACCUGCCAGACGCCCACCUGCUCCAUGUGCAAGGUGUUCGGACAGCACAAAGACUGUGAGGUGUCGCCGCUGCACGCCGUCUACCAGAGCCAGAAGAACGAGCUGCGCUCAGCCGUGGAGUUGCUCGCCACGGGAAACAGCUGCGUCCAGACCAUCAUGGCGCAGAUGGACGACACGUGUAAGCUGAUCCAGGAGAACGGAGAGCUGAAGAAGAGGCGGCUGGGCGAGAGCUUCGACCUGCUGUACGCCAUCCUGGAGGAACGUAAAGGCCAGCUCCUGGAGCAGAUCUCCCAGGUGGAGCAGCAGAAGGUGUCCACGCUCAGGAGCCUGGCAGACCAGUACAAGCAGCAGCUGCAGCUCAGCAACCAGCUGCAGGAGAAGGUCUCGCAGAGCCUGCAGUCCUGCAGCGCCGCUGAGUUCCUACUCGCCGCCAAGCAGCUGCAGAAGGAGGUCCAGCAGGCGGCCCGGGCGGCCCAGCUGCAGAGACCCGAGCCGGGCUACGAGAGCAUGGAGCACCUGAGCCUGGACACCCAGGAGGCCGAGGCACUGCUCGCUCGCAUGGACUUCAGACAGGGGGGCGAAGAGGAAGACCAGGAGUCCGACAGAGAGGAACCACAGUAAGGGGGGACGGAGGAAGACCAGGAGUCCGACAGAGAGGAACCACAGUAAGGGGGGCUGUCGGAGGAAGAAGCUGCUGCUGUUUCAGAAACUUCAGGUUCUUGUGGAGGAAACGGAGACGUGCAAUCUUUGGGAACGUUUUUGUAUUUGACUUUUUAUACUUUUCUAUUUUGAAAUGUUUUUCUGAUUCGUCAUUGGGGUCUGGACAAAGUCUGGACUAGAAGGAGUUGAUUUAUCAUGUUCAGGACGUGUUUGUCUCUUUGUGAAACUUUAAAACUUGAACUUUGUGCUGUAACGUUUGAAGGAGUGAAUAAAGUUUGAUCUGUUA